AUGGCUGAAGAAGAACACACCUUUGAGACCGUCGAUGCUGGUAGCUCUUUGACUUACCCAAUGCAAUGUUCUGCGUUGAGAAAGAACGGGUUUGUCGUUAUCAAGGGAAGACCUUGUAAGAUUGUCGACAUGUCUACUUCCAAGACUGGUAAGCACGGUCACGCCAAAGUGCACCUGGUUGCUAUAGAUAUCUUUACUGGUAAGAAAUUGGAAGAUUUGUCUCCAUCGACCCACAACAUGGAAGUUCCAUUUGUCAAGAGAACCGAAUACCAAUUGUUGGACAUCGACGACGGGUUCUUGUCGUUGAUGACGAUGGACGGUGAGACCAAGGACGACGUCAGAGCGCCAGAGGGCGAGUUGGGUGAGUCGAUGCAGGCUGCUUUCGAUGAGGGUAAGGACUUGAACGUUACCAUCAUCACUGCGAUGGGCGAGGAAGCUGCUAUCUCUUUCAAGGAAGCUCCAAAGUCCGAUUAA